AUGGAGGAGAUUAAGUUUAAGGACAGAGCAGUCUACGUGCUGGAGAGAGAGUUAGGGGUUCAAGCCGGGCAUGCUCAGAGACUGCAGCUCCAAAAGGAGGCUUUAGAUGAACAACUUUCCCAGAUCAAAGAGUCUGAUCGGCAUCUGAGCAGCCCCAAGCGGGAACUUCCUUAUGCAAGUGGUGCAGGAGACGCUUCAGAUCAUUCGGGAAGCCCCGAACAGCAGUUGGAUGAAAAGGACGCCCGGCGUUUCCAACUGAAAAUCGCCGAGCUGAGUGCCAUCAUCAGGAAGCUGGAGGACCGGAACGCACUGCUGUCCGAGGAGAGAAACGAGCUGUUAAAACGUCUUAGAGAAGCUGAAAGUCAGUAUAAGCCCAUUUUGGACAAAAACAAACGCCUUAGUAGGAAGAAUGAAGAAUUGUCACAUGCCUUACGUCGAAUGGAAAAUAAAUUAAAAUUUGUAACGCAAGAAAAUAUAGCAAUGAGGCAAAGAGCUGGAACAAUAAGGAGACCGAGCUCUUUAAAUGACCUUGACCACAGCCAGGAAGAAAGAGAAGUUGAUUUCCUGCGACUCCAAGUUAUUGAACAGCAAAAUAUCAUUGAUGAGCUCUCCAAGACCCUGGAAACUGCUGGCUAUGUGAAGAGUGUCAUGGAACGUGAUAAGCUGUUAAGGUAUAGGAAGCAGAGGAAAAAAAUGACAAGAAUUCCUAAGAAGCCAGUUGUGGAGACGUUUUUCGGCUAUGAUGAAGAAGCUUCCAUGGAGUCUGAUGGUUCCUCUAUCUCAUACCAAACAGACCGGACAGAUCAAACCCCUUGCACUCCUGAAGAUGAUUUGGAAGAGGGCAUGGCCAAGGAAGAGACAGAACUGCGGUUUCGGCAGCUGACGAUGGAGUACCAGGCUCUGCAACGAGCAUACGCCCUAUUGCAAGAACAGGUCGGAGGAACAUUGGAUGCAGAACGAGAAGUUAAGACACGUGAGCAGCUUCAAGCCGAAAUACACCGAUCUCAGGCUCAGAUAGAAGACCUGGAGAAGGCCCUUGCUGAGCAGGGGCAGGACAUGAAGUGGAUUGAGGAGAAGCAAGCAUUGUAUAGAAGAAAUCAAGAACUGGUAGAAAAGAUAAAACAAAUGGAAGCCGAGGAAGCUCGCUUAAAACAUGAUGUCCAGGACGUUAAGGAUCAAAACGAACUCCUGGAGUUCAGGAUCUUGGAGCUUGAAGAAAGAGAAAGACGAUCGCCUGCCAUCAACUUCCAUCACGGUCCUUUUACAGAGGGGAAAAGCCCUCUGCAAGUGUACUGUGAGGCAGAAGGUGUAACAGACAUAGUAGUAGCAGAGCUGAUGAAAAAAUUGGACAUUUUAGGGGAUAACGCCAAUCUGACCAAUGAAGAGCAAGUAGUUGUCAUACAAGCAAGGACAGUUCUCACGUUGGCUGAAAAGUGGCUACAGCAGAUAGAAGUGACGGAGUCUGCGCUGCAGCAGAAGAUGCUGGACCUUGAGAAUGAAAAGGAGCUGUUCAGCAAGCAGAAGGGCUACCUGGAUGAUGAGCUCGACUUCAGGAAACAGUCCUUGGACCAAGCUCACAAGGUGAGGAAAAUCAGUCUUGGCUGA